AUGCCGAACCAAAUUGAAACAGCCUCUCAUUGUGUAGUACAAUGGGAAGAUAACAAGAAUCAAUAUGCAGUUGUCGAUACAAAAAGAUCGAAAACUGUUUCAACAUUGAAAGUCGGUGUUACAACCUUAUUCGAAGGGUAUAAUCGUGAACGUAAACGUAGCAAAAUCUUAUUUUUAGCACAAGCUAUACGAGUUGGUAAUGUAUCAUCAUUUGAACGUACAACAUCUUCAUCAUCAAUUGCUUCUAUGACAACAACAAAAAGACGAAAAUUAAAUAAUAAAAAUUUAAAUAAUAUUGAUGAAAUACCUGUAUUGAAUAAUAGAGUUGUGGCACAAACUUCGUCGACAGUAAUUACACCUACGUUUGACAUAGGUAAUUCAACUGCUAGUGAUGUCGUUCAUGAUCAAGCAAAAAAUUCAACUAAUAAUUCAGUAUCAAUAUCAAGUUCUGUAAUAUCAAAUACAGAACAAUAUGUAACAACAUUAAAACUUGAAAUUGACUUGUUAUUAAAGGAAAAUGCGUCCUUACGAGAAAAAAACUUAGCUUUACAAGAUGAAUUAUUAUAUCUAAGUGAAACUUCAAUUGAUUCAAGUGUUUUUUUUAUAUCAAAUAAUGAUAUUGCAUUUUCUGUUUUAAGUCUUCCAAAUGAAGAGAUAUACGAUUAUAUGAAAUCCAUGUGUACAUUAUAUGAACAAAUAAAAAGUAAAGAAGGUCAAAAAGCAACUGAAGUAAGAUUUUAAAAAAUUCAUUUGAUAUGAUGUUGUCCCAUCUUUAUAUAUAUAUUAGAUAGGGAAAAAACUUCCUUGUACCAACGUUGAACUAAAAUUAGCAAAAAAAACAAAUCCAUCAGCAACAAUGAAUAACCUUAUCAAAUGUUGUUUUAAAAAUGUCGAUUUAAAGAAUAGGUGUUAUG